AUGGCUUGCUGCACAUAUUGCUGGCUUCUGAUGGGGCUUUUAGGUCUUAGCUAUGAAGUCUCCAAGCCCCUCAAUCAGAUGUGCACUGAGCUUUUUACUAAUAGAAGCUACAGUUGUGAAGGUUUAGGACUAACAGAGCUUCCAGAACAACUGCCCUUCACGACUGAAGUCCUUGAUUUCAGCUUUAACUUCUUAUAUACCCUUCAACAUUCAACAUUCAGCAAGCUGAAGGCCCUGGUGCAUUUGGACUUAACAAGGUGUCAGAUUAAUUGGGUAUAUGAAGGCACUUUCGAAAGCAAUAUCUACCUGGAGACCAUUGUCUUUACUGGAAAUAAUCUUCUCUUUCUGGCCAGAACAGCAUUUACAGGUCCUCAGCGUCUGAAGCAUCUUGAUCUAACCCAAACAGGGAUCACUAAAUUAACAUUUAUUCCAAUGCAGGACCUACAUAACAUAGAAACUCUGUCGCUAGGAGGCAACUAUAUCCAAUCAUUGGAGCUGCCGCCAGGUUUUCCAACUAGAAAGCUCAAAUACUUGGAUUUACAGAUGAACAUUAUACAAACAAUCUCAAUUAGAGAUAUAAAGGCAUUAAAACAAGCUAACAAUCUGACUCUCAAUCUUAGAGGCAACAAGAUUAUGCACAUUGAGCCCAAGGCCUUUAGUUCAUUUUUUUUUUACAAUUUGGACUUUGGCAGUUGUAUUAAUAUUUCAGUGAUCUUGGAUGGACUGCAAGGUGUUAGCACUGUUGUCCUCUGGCUCGGCAGUUUUUUGGGUGCAGACAACCCUCCCAUUCAACACAGCACAUUGCAGGGCAUCUGCAACAUCUCUGUAGACUAUCUCACUCUACAGUAUCGCACUUUCCUAGAAUUUUCUGGUGACACUUUCCAAUGUUUGUCCAAACUCAAAAGAUUGGACUUGACCCACACCUCCCUUUCUGAGCUACUGGACCUUCCUCAGAUGAAUUUGCUGAAAGAAUUAAAUCUCAACCAGAAUAGAUUUUCGAAUCUCUGCGACAUCCAUUCUUCUGCUUUCCCUUCCCUUACUCAUCUCUAUAUCCAAAAAAAUUAUGAGGCCAUGGACUUGAAUUCUGGAUGUUUGGAAUCCUUGUCAAAGCUUCAACAUCUUGAUUUGAGCAGGAGUCACAUUGAAAGCUUAGACUGCUGCAGCAACCAACUUCGAGGUCUGAAUGGCUUGCAACACCUCAACUUAAGCUACAAUCACAACCUUUCAUUCCACAACACAGCAUUUAAUGAAUGUCCUAACCUGGAAGUUCUUGAUCUCACUUUCACACACAUUAUCAUCAGUAAUUCUCAAGGUCCAUUCCACAAUCUGCAUUCUUUGAAGAUCCUGAACCUUUCUUUCUCUCGUAUUGAUACAAGCAAGCAGAAUAUUUUGCAAGAUCUAAACAGCCUGCUUGUCUUAAAUAUGAAUGGAAACAGGUUUGAAUCUGGCACCAUUUUCAGUGACAACUUUUUUCAGAAAGCACCAAAUCUAGAGGUGUUAACUUUAGCUUCCUGCCAAUUAUUGUCUAUAGAAGCUAAAGCAUUUUUUGCCCUCAAAAAGUUAAAGCAUGUGGAUCUGAGCCAUAACAAACUUAUUGCAUUCAGUUCAGAUGUAUUUUCCAAUCACAGGAACAUUUAUCUCAAUUUUGCCAAUAAUAGGAUCCAUAUUAUCCCACGUGAUUUGUUGACUAGCCUAUCUGGCCAGAGUAUAAUCAAUUUAAGUUACAAUCCACUGGAAUGCACCUGUUCUAAUAUUGGAUUAUUAACUUGGUACAAGCAAAACAUAGAUAAAAUUGAAGAUUCUGAAGAGACUGUGUGCUCUGAGCCCAAAUCGCUAGAAGGCAUGAAGCUCUUCUCUAUAAAUCUGUCCUGUGGGUAUAGCACUGCACGAACUGCAUUGAUUACUCUUGUUGUGAUAAUAGUAAUUGUAGUGACCUUCAUUUUGAUCAUUCGUUCUUUAAAGCAAAACCAGCACCAGAUAUAAGCUUUGGAGAGAA